CAGUCCCCCUUGGACAAUUCAGUAAGUUCUUCAACUAUUUUUAUCUUGUUAAAAAAAAUUAAGUAAAACAUCAACCAAUCUUAAACACAAGUGUCAAUUAAUUGUCAAUACGCCAAAAUAAACAACAGUGCGUUUAACAACAAUAAAUUAUUAAAACAAUUAUUUAAAAAAAAAAAAAAAAACAUAAUAAUAGUUGACUUGUAUCGAUUGAUCAUCCAUCUCUGUCAUUUAUUCUGUGCGCAUCAAAACUUCCACGCGAACAAAAAAUUAAUUUUACAAUAUAAUUAUUAAAAUAUUAAUAACAAUUUUUUUUUUUCUUUUUUUCAUUUCAUUCAUCAAUUUGCAGUGUUUAUUAUCUAUCAUAUAAUUGAAUUAAUUAAUCAUCAAAAUGGCUAGCCGUGGCCUACCAAAAAUUGCCAAUGUGUCGAAAGAAUCGAUCUAUGGAUAUGUUUAUGCUGUCUCUGGACCUGUCGUUACGGCAGAAAAUAUGUCUGGAUCAGCUAUGUACGAGUUGGUACGUGUUGGAUAUUAUGAAUUGGUUGGUGAAAUAAUUCGUUUAGAAGGUGAUAUGGCAACAAUUCAAGUAUACGAAGAAACAAGUGGUGUAACAGUUGGUGAUCCAGUAUUACGUACUGGUAAACCAUUAUCAGUUGAACUUGGUCCAGGUAUACUUGGUAGUAUAUUUGAUGGUAUACAACGUCCAUUAAAAGACAUAAAUGAAUUAACAAAUUCAAUAUACAUACCAAAAGGUAUGAAUACACCAGCAUUAUCAAGAACAAUACAAUGGGAUUUUAAUCCAAUGAAUAUUAAAAAUGGUAGUCAUGUUACUGGUGGUGAUCUUUAUGGUAUUGUACAUGAAAAUACAUUGGUUAAACAUAAAAUGAUUGUACCACCAAAAGCUAAAGGUACAGUAACAUAUAUUGCACCACCAGGUAAUUAUACUGUUGAUGAUAUUAUAUUGGAAACUGAAUUUGAUGGUGAACGUAGUAAAUGGUCAAUGUUACAAGUAUGGCCAGUACGUCAACCACGUCCAGUUACUGAAAAAUUACCAGCAAAUCAUCCAUUAUUAACUGGACAACGUGUACUUGAUUCAUUAUUUCCAUGUGUACAAGGUGGUACAACAGCAAUACCUGGUGCUUUUGGUUGUGGUAAAACAGUUAUAUCACAAUCAUUAUCAAAAUAUUCAAAUUCUGAUAUUAUUAUUUAUGUUGGUUGUGGUGAAAGAGGUAAUGAAAUGUCUGAGGUAUUACAAGAAUUUCCAGAAUUAACAGUUGAAAUUGAUGGUGUUACUGAAUCAAUUAUGAAACGUACAGCACUUGUUGCUAAUACAUCAAAUAUGCCUGUUGCUGCACGUGAAGCAUCAAUUUAUACUGGUAUAACAUUAUCAGAAUAUUUUAGAGAUAUGGGUUAUAAUGUUGCUAUGAUGGCUGAUUCAACAUCACGUUGGGCUGAAGCAUUACGUGAAAUAUCUGGACGUCUUGCUGAAAUGCCUGCUGAUUCUGGUUAUCCAGCUUAUUUAGGUGCUAGACUUGCUAGUUUUUAUGAACGUGCUGGACGUGUUAAAUGUUUGGGUAAUCCAGAUCGUGAAGGUUCAGUUAGUAUUGUUGGUGCUGUAUCACCACCUGGUGGUGAUUUUUCAGAUCCAGUAACAAGUGCAACACUUGGUAUUGUACAAGUAUUUUGGGGUCUUGAUAAAAAACUUGCUCAAAGAAAACAUUUUCCAUCAAUUAAUUGGUUAAUAUCAUACAGUAAAUAUUUACGUGCACUUGAUGAUUUUUAUGAUAAAAAUUUCCAAGAAUUUGUUCCAUUACGUACUAAAGUCAAGGAAAUUCUUCAAGAAGAAGAAGAUUUAUCUGAAAUUGUACAAUUGGUUGGUAAAGCAUCACUUGCUGAAACAGAUAAAAUAACACUUGAAGUUGCUAAAUUAUUAAAAGAUGAUUUCUUACAACAAAACAGUUAUUCAUCUUAUGAUCGUUUUUGUCCAUUUUACAAAACUGUUGGUAUGUUACGUAAUAUGAUUGCAUUUUAUGACAUGGCAAGACAUGUUGUUGAAUCAACAGCACAAUCUGAUAAUAAAAUUACUUGGAAUGUCAUUCGUGACAGCAUGGGAAAUAUUCUUUAUCAACUCAGUUGUAUGAAAUUCAAAGAUCCUGUAAAAGAUGGUGAAGCUAAAAUCAGAGCUGAUUUUGAUACACUUCAUGAAGACAUUCAACAAGCAUUCAGAAAUCUCGAAGAUUAAAUUUUCUUUUUUUUUUUUUCAAAUAUUUCCAUUUUAUUUUCCGCACAGAAAAAUCCUUUAUUUUAUCGAUCGUUUAAAAAAUGCCAAUAUGUUUAGGGUUUUACUUGAUUGGAAAUAAAAAAAAAAAAAAAAAAAUAUAUCUAUUAACUGGUAAUUGAAUUGCAAAACUAAUUGCCAAUUUCUAAUAAAUUUAGCAGUAUUUUGUUUUUUUUUUUUCUUUGAAAAAUAACAACAACAACAAAAAAUAUUGAAAACCUUAUAAUCAGUUACCAUUGAGGCCUAAAUCCUGAUGAUUCUGCCGGCAGUUUAAAUGAAUUAAAAUAAAUUAAAAUUGUAUAUAUUGACAGUUUACAAAAAAAAAAAAAAAGAAAAAUUAUAUUAAAAUUUGAUUCAAUGAAUUUUGGGCAUUUAAUAAUUUCAUGAGUACAUAUUUUUAAAUUAUAAGAAAGAUUGUUUUUCAAGGGCCAACACACACCUACACACGUACACAUGCAUAAAUACAAAAACACAAAUUACAUUUCGAUCGAGACAAUAAAGUUGUAAUGCCCUAAACUUGCGGAUAACGAAAAAAAAAAAAAAGAAUAUAUUAAGAUUAAUUAAAUAAAUAAAAUGUUUCCAAUCAUUGUAAACUAUUCCUAGUAUUUUGGAAUGAGAUUUAUGAAAAUAUUCAAUUAAUUUUUAUGUCUAUUUUUUUGUUCCAUUGAUAUUAAAAAAAAAAUCGAAAAGAAAAAAAAAAGAAAAACGUAUUCAAG